GCCAGUUAACGACUCUUUGUUUUUGCCUAAAACGUGAACCUGGAUUCACUAUCCUCAAAACCAUUUGGGAGGGAUGUAUAGUCUUAUGAAUAAAACGAACAAGUUGACUGACAAGCUCGCAACUGUGCUACUAGCUAAAUAACUUGCUGCAACGGUGAGCAAGGCUAAGCUAACGAACGCGUUUCUGGAAUGGCAGAAAGUCCAGAUCCUCAUCUUCCUCUGUCAUCCCUGCACCUCCUGGUUCCUCCACUGAGGCUCAUGUCUGCCUGCAUGUGGCAGGUGGCCCAGGAGCGAAAUGUGGACCAGUAUGACAAACUGGCCGAAUUCAUCACCUUGGUGACAGAGAUGGUCCCAGAGCUUCUGAACUACAAACAGAAGUCUCAGCUAAUCCUGGGACUGAGAGCUCGGCUCGUCCUUGAAGUCUUAAAGAGGGUGGAUACGGUUGACUGUAAAGCUAUCCAGGACCAUCUUAACAGUUUCCAGCAGGGGACAGCAAACCACAUGCACAAAGAGGACCCAGAUGGAGAGGUGGAGAUUUCAAAGUCAGUAUUUGUGGAGCAGGUUCAAACUUUGCUGAGAGACCAAUCUGAAAAAGACAAAUAUUUCAAGGAGGUCUUCUCAGUUCAGUAUGGAGCUCGUUUUGAUACGGCGCUGCAGAUCCUGGUGUGGGAGUUCUUCUGCCGACUGGAGGAGUUCCUCCCAGUACCAAGUUUUUCACAGGUAUUCACCAUGUUUGACAUUUCUUCUCUUGACUACGAGUUUGAGCAGUUUGUCUCCCACCCUGAAGAUCUGAAGAGGAUUUUGCAGCACCAACAGCAGCGCAAAAAGUUAACGAAAAGCGAAUUCACCUUCAUGUCAGACACUAUCCUCUCCACGCUCGCAUCCAAGCAAACGUCGGUGGCAUCUGAAGAUCAUAUUGAUCAAAAAAUGGAUGGGGGAUGUGUAGACGGCAAAGAAAAGAUAGAACAGAAGACACUGAAGCAGGAAGACAGCUGUAGCAUAGAAGACAUUUGUGAUGAUGAUGAAGAGACUGACGACAGUUCCACUGAAACUAAUCCAAACUCUGGGCUGCACGAGUACGGACUGUCACCUCUCACUUCCCCUCCAUGUUAUGAAGAAGCUGGUGCUGCAGAUGACGAUGAAACAGCUGGUGAAGCCGCCUUCCAGCCCUCCAGAUGCUCAGUGGAAGGCGUGAAUGAACAUCUGGAUCUGAGCAGAAACACAGAGCCAUCAGAAGAAAGCAUGAACCAGUCGCUGACAGGCAGAGCCGAUGUCACAGAGAGCUCCAGGAGAGCCAAUCAAAACACCUGCCUGGAGUGUGGCAAGACUUUUGCAUCUCGUUCCUCCUUGAAGAAACAUCACGUCGUUCACUCUUCAGCGCGACCAUUCAAGUGUGCUCAGUGCGACAAGUCAUAUAAAAGCCAAAAAGAUCUGAAUCAACACCUCCUUAUUCACUCUAAACCUAAAGUCCUGUCUUUCGCUUGCAGCCUUUGUGACAAGAGAUUUAGUUCUCAGGCUUUGCUCACGGUUCAUCUGCGACGUCACAGCGGAGAGAGGCCGUUUGCCUGCUCGUACUGCGACAAGAGGUUCCUGACAAAUGCCGUCUUGAAGUCCCACGUGCGCAUUCACACCGGUGAGCGCCCGUAUGCCUGCACUUUUUGCGACAAGAAAUUCACACAGCUGUAUCCGCGCACCGUGCACCUGCGGAUGCACAAGAAAGAGAAGCCGUACCUGUGCAGCACAUGUGGCAUGUCUUUUUGUAGCUCCGGGGCCUUGCUGGUGCAUUCACGCACUCACACGGGCGAGCGGCCCUAUCAGUGCGAUUCCUGCGGGAAAGGUUUCGCCACGGCGGUGCAGUUGACGGUGCAUCGGAGAUUCCACACAGGAGAGAGGCCUUAUUCUUGCUCACAGUGCGACAAAUCGUUCCACAGCAGUUCAGGACUGAAGAAACACACCAGGACACACACAGGAGAGAAACCUCACCAGUGUUUAACAUGUCACAAGACGUUUUCCCAAAAAUCCAACAUGAAAAUACAUCUCAAAGUCCACAAAAACAUCUAGCAUACUGUUUUUGGAGACAGGUUGUGGCCAUGUGUCCUGCUUCAUUUCUGUAUCAGGAUGAGCUCUUGUGGUGCAUCUUCAUAGCAGUGAAUCACUAACAUGUAUAUAUGUAAGUAUGGCAUAAACUUGGUUUUAGUGCUACGAGUGUAGUUAUGUUUUGGUUAAGGUAAUCCUUGAGAUAGAAAAUGUAAGUCAAUAAAA